GGAUGCAGAUGUGAGCUGCACCUUUUUAACUGGGCGGCUCCUCUUCGACCCAACAUGCGGUUCUCUCUGCUCCUCCUCUGGAUCUUCAGCCUCCACUCCGCCGCUCCGCAGCCUCCUCAGCACGGACACGGAGCCCUGCAGCCCGUCGGGCCCCGGCGGAGAGGCCGGGACGGCGGCGGCAGAGCGACGAGCCUUCCGCGGCUGGAGGGCAUUCAGCCGGCAGAGGUGAGGAGCAGCAGCCGGAGGAGAGCAGCUCUGAGCGGACCUCGUGUUUGUGGCGAUGGAUGCUGCGUCGGCUGGAGUCUGUCGCCCAAAACCAAGAGAUGCACCAAACCCAGAUGUUCUCCUUCCUGCCAUAACGGAGCUUUGUGUCGACAGUCCAACAUCUGUGUGUGCAGACGAGGUUUCCACGGUUACCGUUGCCAGUUCUCCAUAGUGACGCUUUCUGUUUCCGGACGCCCACCGACGUCCAUCCACCCCGCUGAGGUUUCGGUCCAUCUCGGCCCUCCAGACCCAACCCAGACCCCCCAGAGGACCACCACUGCCUCCUCUGGAGAUAAACCUGGACCUCCAGACCUGGACCUGUCUCCUGCUCGGGCCGACGAAGAGGUCCACAAACCCAAAACUGAGGACCGAGGAGGCCUCACCAAGCGGUUUCUGGUGCAGGAGGAGAACCAGGCCUCCCUGAAAGGUGGAGGUCUGGUCAGACUGGAUCCAGAUCCAGAGGAACCUUUAACACUGUCUAAAGCUCUGGAGUCUCAUUCUGGAUCUAAAGCAGAUGUCAGGAGACCACAUGAUUUUAAAAUCCUGGAGGUGGAUUCUGGUUCAGAACUGAUGGGGGACAAGAAGGAAGGAAGAACAGAAGAGGAGAAGAAGAAGAAGAAGGAGGAGGAGGAUGUGAAGAUAAGAGGAGCAAAGAGGCAGAAACUGAGUCUGAGGGAGGCCCAGGCGAUGCUGCUGAGGAAAACUGUGUCCCGGGGAGGAAAAGGAGACAAGAUGGCCACCCUGCUAAUGAAGCACAUUGAGAAGGAGAAGAAGAAACUGAACACUGUGACUUCCUCUUCCAACUCGUCUUCAUCAUCUUCUUCAGUAAAAACCAGCCUGAAGACUUUCCACACCCAGAAGGGCCAGGACACCGUCCACUUCACUGCUCCCACAGCUGACGGCCAGACGACGGCGGUGGCGGCGGGACGAGGAGGAGGACGAGGAGGAGGACGAGGAGGAGGAGGAGGAGGAGGAGGAGGAGGAGGCGUGGAGAGGAUCCAGGUGAUGUUCACGCCGACCAUCUGCAAGGUGCGCUGCAGUCAGGACCGAUGUGUCAACUACUGCGAGAGAGGCAACGUGACGACGCUGUACAGCAGCGCCGAGGGAGGAGGGAGGAGAGACGGAGCCCACGGACCGGGAUUCAGAGUCUUCCUCUGUCCGCUACUCUGUCAGAACGGAGGCGUCUGUCUCCAGAAGGAUCGCUGUCUCUGUCCUCCAAACUUCACCGGGAAGUUCUGCCAGAUUCCCGUCUCCUCGUCCUCCACCAAUGAGAUCGUCCGACCAGCCGGCCUUGCUGCCAUGGCGACCAAUCAGGAGCUGACCCGGUCUGAGUUCCUGCUGCCGCUCGGACAGAACCGGGAAGAGACGAGAUCCGAAGCUCUGGGUCCUUCCAUGGUGAAGGUCCGAGUCCAGCAUCCACCUGAAGCCAACGUUAAAAUCCACCAGGUGCUGAAGGUCUCUGGGUUCAGUCCCACCUUGCAGACGUCGUCUUCGUCCUCCUCGGGGUCGGCCGGCGCUCCGGCUCCGGCAGCAAGUGGAGUUCAGGCUCAGACGGUGAGAGGAGACGGCGUUUACACUCAGCAGUCUGGGUUCAAAUACUGCUUCAGAGAAGUUAAAGACGGACAGUGCAGCUCUCCACUUCCUGGUCUGAGGAGCAGAGAAAUGUGCUGCAGAGGAAUCGGAAAAGCCUGGGGCAUCACUGACUGUGUCCUCUGUCCUGAAAACACAGGUCAAAGCAACAGCAGCUGUAAUCUGGGAUAUGAACGAGUCAACGGGACGCAGUGUGUCGAUGUGAAUGAGUGUCUGCAGCCAGGGCUGUGUGAGAACGGCUUCUGUGUGAACACCAGGGGGAGCUAUAGCUGUGUUUGUAGGCCGGGGUUCAUCCUCGACGCCUCGCACGGACUCUGCAUCUCCCACAGCGUGAUCUCGGAGGAGAAGGGUCAGUGCUACCGGGUCCUGGGUUCUGGUCUUGGCCCGGGUUCCUGCUCACUGCCCAUCCUCAGGAACAUCACCAAGCAGAUCUGCUGCUGCAGCCGCGUGGGGAAGGCCUGGGGAACCAACUGCCAAAGAUGUCCGUACUUUGGUUCAGUGGCCUUUAAGGAGAUCUGUCCGGCUGGUCCUGGUUAUCACUACUCAGCUUCAGCUCUGCAGUUCAACCAGAGAGUCACCGAGCAGCUGGGGAGCCGGGGAGCCUCGCUGGUACCCAACAGUAACCAGGGUAACCAGAACAACCGGGGUAACUAUGAUAACCAGAACAACCAGGGUAACUGUGAUAACCAGAACAACCAAGGGCCUGGUUCUGGAUCCAGCACCGGCGCGGCCUCGAGGACUCAGCAGAAACCUCCUUCUUCUGGUGGAACAAGUUCCUCCAGUGUUGCAUCAGCUGGUGCCAGAACCAGUCCACCUCAACCUCAACCUAACCUUCCUCCUCAACCUCGACCUCAACCGAAUCUUCCUCCUCAGCUCCGCCCGGCUGCCGGUUCUCCCUCCAGGCCCAUUCAGCCUGGCGGCGGCGGCACCACGGUAGCCCAGGUCCGACCCGGAUCCCCGUACAGCCGACCCGACUCUGCCCCGUCGUUACCAACACAACCGAGACCUCAGCCUCCGUCCACCGGGAGUCAAGCAGGCGGUCGGACCUCAUCCGGGUCCCGACCCGAUCAGCCGACACCCAAAGGAGACUCCCUUCCUGCCCCCAGCCAGCCGAGGAGCCCCGAUCGAGGGUCCAGACCCGCCGGAGAACUUCCUCCUCAGCAGAACCGACCGGCUGUGAGUCCGACGACUCGACCGGCCAGAGUCCAGACAGUGCAGAGUGUGUGUGAGAGCCGACCAGGUGUGUGUGGUCGCGGUCGUUGUGUGGAUCAACCAGGUGGGAAACACACCUGUGUGUGUGAUCAGGGAUUCCAGCUGAACGCUCAGAGAACAAACUGCCAGGAUGUGAAUGAGUGUGUUCAGACUGCAGGUGUGUGUUCGGUUGGAAAGUGUGUGAACAGCGCUGGAAGCUUCAGGUGUGUUUGUCCGUCUGGAUACAAGAACAACAACCAGCAGAACGACUGUCAAGACAUCGACGAGUGCCAACAGAAUCCCUGCAGCAACGGUCGCUGUGACAACACGCCAGGUAGCUACAGGUGUGUGUGUCGCCUUGGUUACAGACUCACCGGAAACACCUGCACAGAUGUGGACGAGUGUGUGGAUCCUGUGCAGUGUCCCGGUCAGGAGUGCAUCAACUCCCAGGGUUCGUAUCGCUGCGUCUCCUGCCAGCCUGGUUUUGGACUCCUGAACCGGAUCUGUACAGACAUUGAUGAGUGUCGUCAGGCUCCCUGCUCCAACGGUCGCUGUGAAAACACUCCUGGAAGCUACCGCUGUGUCUGUCGCCAUGGUUACAAGCUCCAGAACAACACCUGCACAGAUGUGGACGAGUGUUCAGAACCGUCUCAGUGUCCAGGACAGAUGUGUGUGAACUCUGUGGGGUCGUACAGGUGUGUGUCCUGUCGGCCAGGAUACACACUGACCAAUAGACAAUGUACAGAUGUUAAUGAAUGCGAGGCUGGAGACGCUUGUCCUGGUCGACGGUGUGUGAACUCUGAAGGCUCCUACAGAUGUGUGGACUGUCAGCAGGGAUUCAGGGCCGUCAACGGAGACUGUUCAGAUGUUGACGAGUGUUUGAAGGUCGGUGUGUGUGACGCAGAGCGAGUGUGUGUGAACACCGUCGGCUCGUUCAGGUGCGACUGUCAACCCGGAUAUCGAACUUCCGGACUGGGGAGGCAGUGCAGAGACAUUAACGAGUGCUUGGAGGGAGACUUCUGCUUCUCCAGAGGUGAAUGUGUCAACACACCUGGAUCCUUCACCUGUGUUUGUUCUCGGGGAUUCACACUGAGCGACAACAGGACCGCCUGUCUCGACGUGGAUGAAUGUUUGAAGUCGGGCAUUUGUUCAGAUGGUCGCUGUUUAAACACUGAAGGAUCUUUCCAGUGUCAAUGUGAAACCGGCUUCACGGCGAAUCCAGAGAAGAACGCCUGCCUCGACGUGGACGAGUGUGUGUCGUCUGGCGGUUCGGUUUGCGGGUCACAGCGAUGCGAGAACACGAUUGGCUCGUACCGCUGCCUCACUUCCUGUGAACCUGGUUACCAGGCGACGCUGGGCGGCGGCUGUGUGGAUGUUAACGAAUGUGGAAACACCACAGUCUGUGGAGAACAUGCCUUCUGCCAGAACCUCAUAGGAACCUACCUGUGUGUCUGCGACCAGGGAUUCACCUCCACCGUCGACGGGAAGGCCUGCGAGGAUGAGGAUGAGUGUGUGUCUCUGCCGGGUGUUUGUGGUUCUGCUCGCUGUGAGAACAUGGAGGGUUCCUUCAUGUGUGAAUGUGACCGAGCCGGAGAAGAGUUCGACACGACGACCAAACGGUGUGUCGGCACUACAGGACACGUAUUGACUGGAGGGGUUCCCCCCGACUACCACACUUCCUCCUCUGCAUCCUCCUCUUCUUCGUCAUCCUCCUCUUCGUCCUCCUCGACCUCCGGGUCGUCCUCCUCCUUCCAUGUCAGCGUGGUGGAGUUGUCUCCGAUGCUUCCUCCUCUACCUGCAGCCCGACCAGGUGAGCUGAGGGAGUGCUACUACAACCUGGCCGAGAGAGGAACCUGCAGCCUCCUGGCCACCAACACCAGCCAGCAGGAGUGCUGCUGCACGGUGGGGGAGGGCUGGGGGCUGGGCUGCCAGUACCACACCUGUCCACCUCCAGACACAGCCGAGUUCCUGUCUCUGUGUCCCAGUGGGAGAGGAUAUAUCACCGCUGGACCUGGAGCCUUCAGCUACACAGAUGUGGAUGAGUGUAAACGUUUCCUGCCAGAGGUGUGUAAAAACGGAGUUUGUGUCAACAACAUCCCUGGAUACAGCUGCUAUUGUUCCAGCGGAUACGUUUACAACAGUACCCUGCUGGAGUGUAUCGAUCAUGACGAGUGUGAGGAGGAAAGUUGUGUUGGAGGAAUUUGUGUCAACACUGUGGGUUCGUAUUACUGCAGCUGUCAGCAUCCUCUGGUGCUCGAUGACACUCAGCGAAACUGUGUGAAUUCCUCCCACCUGACUGUGGACGAGAACCUGUCGGUGUGCUGGCAGCAGGUCACGGCGGACCUACUGUGUCAGAAUCCUCUGCUGGGAGCUCAGGUCACCUUCAUGGACUGCUGCUGCCUCUAUGGGGAGGGCUGGGGGAUGGGAUGUGCCCUCUGCCCCUCCUCCGACUCUGAUGACUAUGCCAACCUGUGCAGCUCCUUUCCUCCUCCUCCUCUUUAUCCGGAGACGUUUCCAGACUCGACCAGAUCAGAACCUGGACUGGGACCAGGACCAGGACGAGGAGGAGUCAAUGCUCCUCCCCUCCUGCCUCCCUAUGGUCUGGACUUCUUUCCUCCAGCGGUGGUUCCCAGUACAGACUUUGGUCGUCCAGACUAUGAUGAUUAUUCUCCAGCAGAAGGCAGCAGGUCUGGUUUCAGAGGGAGGACGCCGACUUCCUUUGGCCUGCCGGACUUCAGCACCGGGUACUACCCUGAAGGAGACUACGGACCCCCCGACGGAUCCAGACCUCCAUCUUUCCGCCUCCCUCCGGACCCCCGAGCUGAGAUCUCCUUCGGGGCCCAGCCUCCUCCUCCGUCCCGACCUGACGCUCCUCCUCUCAGCUUGGCACCGCUGCCAGGAGCCCCGAGAUACGAGGAGGAAGAGGAGGAGGAGGAGGAGGAGAGGUCGUGGAGGCCCGGUCCACCGUUUCCUCCAUUCACCGACAGGAGCCGAGGAGGAGCAGCACCGAGGAGGCUGUACGAGAGGCGUUACGAGUCGUACGCCAGCCUGAGUGCAGCUGAGGAUUGUGGGAUACUUCAUGGCUGUGAGAACGGCAGGUGUAUUCGCGUUGCCGAGGGUUACACCUGUGACUGUUACCAAGGAUACGAGCUGGACAUGACCUCCAUGACCUGUAUAGAUAUAAACGAGUGUGAGGACGCCGUCGGUUUGGAGUUUCCGUGCGUCAACGCUCGCUGCGUGAACACCGACGGUUCGUUCCGCUGCGUCUGCCGGAGAGGUUACGUCAUGUCCCGCCGACCCAACCACUGUGUGGCUGCUUAGACCGGACCGGGACCCAGUAAAACCAGUUUACCGACGGGACCCCACGGCGGCAGACUGGACUGGUUUAGUACUGGACCAGAUGUGACAAACCAGACUGGACCAGGACUGAAGAUACUGGACUGAAAGACUCUAGAUUGCACUAAACUGGUUAGAGCUAGCCUGAUUUUAGAACAACUUAACGCCGCCUUUACAAUCCAAACUGACACAUUUCCUCACCAGUGCUCCCAGUUGGAUGGUUUCCACCCAGCUAGGGUUCUUUUUCGGUACCUGGGCAGGUAAGAGUUGAUUAAGGCAAGUUGUUUCAUGGCUACUGUAAAAACCUUUAGCGCCCAAUAGCUGCAAUCUGUGCCGAAAAUCAGCCAGUCAAGAUACACACAUUUUUAGAUUUGACAAAAUUUCUGCUUUCUAAAGACGUCGUCAUCUUUGAGAUCCAUCACAGAUAAACACCUGCUUGGAAAAGAUAUGAGAAUGCCUGAGAAUCAACAAGUUUUUAUGGGUUUUUUAUCGUCAAAGUGAUUGGGUAACAGUUGUCAGUACCUCCAGUGGCAAGACAAGAGGCGCUAAUAGUAAAACUUACAUUUUCCUCAAUUAAAAGAAAAAUACUAGCCUGAAGAGCUAAGUACCACCUAGUCCUGGUUCCAGUCCAAGCCCAGAAAGUGUACAGCUUAUUGCAGUUAGCCUGAUUAAAAUGCAUAUCAAGUUUCAACACAAAAUGCUAUAAAGUCACACAAUUCUGAGCUAUUCCAGCCCUAUUUGGUUCUGUUUUAUUUAAAGAAGGCUGCACUGGGAUCAUGUUAAAGGUUAUUUUCAACAAGAAACAGCUUUAUGUGUGUUUAAUUGUAUUUUUUAGGGUCACGCAGAUCUCAAUCUAUACUCAUUUCAUACUCAGAUCUCUGGUGUGUAAACGGUUGAAAAUAAUAAUAAUCUACAGCAUAAAUGAUUAUUUAAAUAUGAAACACCACAUCUGAUUGAUAAGAUUUAAAGCUUUAUUGACCAAAAAACAAGUAUUAAAAAAAAGUGAUUUCAUGAAUCAAUAAUUACAAGCAGUAAAAGAAAAGUGUAACUUAAAUUUUAGUAGCUAACAACUAAAAUUUAAGCUAACAUGAAGAUUUUAGCUAUCGAGCAGUAGCUAGCAUUAUGUUUCACGUUAUUAUAUUGUCGAAAUUAAUUUACAACACACCGUAUGUUAAUCAUUGGUGAGUCGUUAGCUCACCAGACACUAAUAUGCGAAGUUAGCAUGCGCUCAUUAGCUCUUUGCACAUUAGCUACAGAGGAAACAGUGAACUGUUAGCUUAGAGCAAUGUUCUACUGAAAAAUAAUACUGCAGCUACAACUUCAAAUUUCUCUUUUAAUUCAUUCCAACUGCUAAACUAUGUAUUCCAACAGGUAUCGUUUAGCUAGUAAGCUGCUAGCGGUUAGCUCAAGCGCUAACAAACUGGGAAGUGUUCGCUUCGCUGUUGAAAUUGAAGAAUAUUCUACUGAAAAUUAAUUGAUCACUAAAAUACAGCAACAAAUCUAAGCUCCCACAGUCAAUUCAGCGUCAUUCAUUCACUUUCGGGCAAUGCUUUUUAGCUGCUAGCUGUUAGCUCAAGAGCUAAUACACAAGCUACGAAAUGUUAACUUCACUGUGUAAGAAAUUUAAGGAAUUCUGCCUGAAAGUAAUUUGCUCACAAAAUACUUAGGUGUGAAGUACAAAUUCCCCUCAGUUUAUUCAUUUAAAUAACUAAAUUAUAUAUUCUGACUGUUUAUUAGCUAGUGAGUCGCUAGCCGUUAGCUCAUUAUCUAUUAAAGAAGCUGGUAAGUGCUAGCUGGGAAAUGUUUUUCUACUGAAAAUAUGUCUUUGCUGAAAUACUGCAGAAAUUCCACCAGCUAAUCCAUUUUAAUUACUAAAAAAAUAUAUUCUUGCAAUGUGUAUUAAAUAGUGAGCUGCUAGCUGUUAAUUAAAAAACUAAUUAAAAAGUUGGGAGUUGUUAUUUUGGCCGUGGACAUUGAAACAUUUUCUCUACUGAAAGUGAUUUAUUCAAUAAAAUACUGCAGUGAUUUGUCAGAAUUUCACCAGUUAAAUUAAUCACUGAAUUGUAUGUUAUUGCAGCGUUUAUUAGCUAGUGAGCUGCUAGCUGUUAGUUUAAGGGCUAAUAGAGAAGCUGAGAAGUGCUAGCUCUGGUUUUCUACUGAAAAAUCAAUACUUCCUACUGAAAUACUGAGGCACAACGUCCAAACUGGACAGUUAAUCCAUUUUAAUUUGUCAAUUAUAUUUUAUGGCAGUGUCUUCUAGCUAAUGAGCUGUUAAGCUAAGCUGAGCUAAUAUAAAAGCUGGUAAGUGUUAGCUUGAAAUUUCAGAAAUAUUUUUGUACUAAAAAUGAUCUGUUCACUGAAAUACUGCAAUGAGUCCAAAUGACUUCAGUUAAUUCAUUUUAAUAACUAAAUUAUGUUUUCUGGAAAUAGUGCUUAGCUAGUGAGUUGCCGGUUAGCUGUGUGUUAGCUCUGGCGCUAAUAAACAAGCUGGGAAGGUUUAGCUCGGAAACUGAAGAAUAAUUUUCCACUGAAAAUAAUUUGUCCACUGAGAAACUGCAGCAACGAGUCCAAAUCUGCCUCAGUUAUUUCCUUUUUAAUGUCUGAAUUACAUUUUCUUGCAUCAUGUCUUAGCUAGUGAGCUACUGGCUAGUAGCUUGAGGGCUACUAGAGAAGCUACGAGGUUUUUUGGAAGUGUUGCUCUCUUUAAAAAUAAUCUGCUGCUUAAAUACUGAAGUUCAAAAUUCCCCAUUUAAUUAGUUUUAAUCACUGAAUUGUGUUUACAGGCAGUAUUUUUAGCUAGCUGUUAGCUUGAAGGCUAAUAAACAAGCUGGGAAGUGUUAGCUUCGGUGUGGGAAUUGUCAGAGGUGUUGUUGUUUUUUCUUCCUGGUAAAAAAAUAACCACACUAGCCAUGAUAUUUGAUAAAUAAUGAGUCCAAAUAUCCCCAUUUUUUGCUCGUAUAUAUUUUAUAUUCUUACAUCUUACCUUAAUGCUACCGUGGAUAAAUGCUAACUCACUUCGUUACAUUUUAAUUAGAUUUUUUUGGACUUAAAACAGUCACAUUUAUAAAUAUGAGUCUUACAGUCAACAUUUUCACCCGUUGUGUUCUACAGCUUCAGUUUAAAUAGAUGAAAUAAUCCAUGUUAAAGUGCCUGAUCUAAGUAUGGAAAUAACUGUGAUAAGAGAUUUAGUCUUUUUUAACUAAUAAUGGUUUACAUAUAUUUCAAUCAGUGACACCAAGAAAACUUUAUUUGCUUUAGAGUUGAGUAAAAGUUUGUACAGAAUAAUUUCUUAUACCAUCAACACUGUCUGAGUGGUUAAUAACAACACUAUGAGUCUGAUUAUAUUCUUUAUUUUCCUCCUUUUUUAAUCAAAUCUCAGGUGCAGAUUCACAUGUUGUGCUCUGAAAUAAUCCCCAGUGAAAAUCCUCCUCUUUUUCUGACCAGUUCUGAUCUGCAUUUGGGAUUUUUAUGGGGGAAAAAUAUAGCGUAAGUCGCUUUUUAGUUGAUAUUUUCUGAUUUCCAUUGACUUUUCAGAAUACUAAAUGUGUUGACGAGUUACUGACGUGUCUGUAUUUUAUAUUUGUUUUUCCUCCAGAACAUUAAUUCAAGCUUUAGUGCAGUUUUGGCUCCUGAAUGUACUGGAAGCUGCACACAGUCUUAUUGUGUAUAUAAUAAUUCUCACAGAAUAAUCGAGUGUUUAUUGUGUUUUUUUUUUGUUUUUUUUUAAUUAACUUCUGGAUGCAGUUAAUGAUGAACUUUUCCUCCUCAGCAGCUGCAGUUUGAAGUAUAACAUGCACUGUAUCUCCCAGAGACCAGGCUUUAUUUUAGGCUUUUGUCUAAAUUGUUAAUUUUUAUGAUUAAUGAUUCACUUUUUUUUUUUUUAAUCACUGUUGUUUGUAUGACAAGAAAAGAAAAUAUAUUUGCACACUUUUACUGACA